AUGGCGACCGCCGCCGACCAGAUCCACUCCGGAUCGCCCUAUAACCAAGAGAAAAUCAGCGACUCGGACAGCGAGGUCAAAGGGUACGGCCAUGAUGGCGUCAUCAACACCACAUCGCUCGACCAGCAAAAGCCCCAGGAGCGCCAGCUUCACCGUGCGCUCAAGGGCCGUCAGAUCUCGAUGAUUGCCAUUGGCGGUGCUCUGGGUACAGGUCUCAUCAUCGGUACCGGUUCCGGUUUGUUCAACGGUGGUCCCGCGUCGAUCCUCAUCUCUUACACUGUCAUGGGUUUCUGCUGUGCCGCGGUCAUGUCUGCGCUCGGUGAGAUGUCGACCUACAUGCCCCAUCCUCGCGGCUUUGCUGGUCACGCCACCCGCUUUGUCAGCGACGAAUUCGGUGUGGCUACCGGAUACAACUACCUUUUCAAGUACCUCGUCGUCACCGCCAACAACGUCAAUGCCGCCGCCCUCGUCAUCCGUUACUGGAACGCCGACCUCUCCGGAGGCAUCUGGAUCGCAAUCGUCACCGUCCUCAUCAUCGCGCUCAACUUCGGAGGCCCCAAGUGGUUCGGCGAAGUCGAGUUCUGGCUUUCGUUGGUCAAAAUCGUCACCAUGACGGGUCUUAUCCUGCUGUUGCUCAUCAUUGACCUCGGUGGAUCGCCUACGAAGGACCGCAUUGGUUUCCGCAACUUUCAGGAUGAUCUGGCUUUCAGGCCUUACCCCAAAACGAGCGGAGCUGAGGGCAGGUUUUUGGGUUUCUGGUCGACCAUGGUUACGGCGCUGUUUGCCUACACCGGAACGGAGCUUGUUGGUGUUACCGUUGGCGAGGCGGCCAACCCGCGCAAAUCGGUGCCCAGCGCCAUCAAGAAGACGUUCUUCCGUAUCGCAUUCUUCUACAUCCUCGGCUCUCUGCUUGUUGGUAUGGUGGUGCCUAGCAACGCUCCCGAACUGAAGGCGGCUAACGCCCAAAAGGGUAUUUCCGCUGCAGCCUCGCCCUUCGUCGUCGCGAUCGUGCGUGCCAAGAUUCGCGUUCUUCCCGAUAUCAUCAACGCCGCCAUUCUGAUCUUCUGUAUCUCGGCAGCCAACUCGGACCAGUACAUUGCCGCGCGUACGCUCUACGGCCUCGCGAUCGACGGUAAGGCACCCAAGAUCUUCCGCCGCGUCGACAAGCGCGGUGUCCCCUACGUCGCGCUGUCUGUCACCGCUUUGUUCUGCGCGCUUGCGUUUAUCAACUUGUCUUCGGGUGGUGCGCAAACGUUCUCGUACCUCGUGGCGUCCGUGACCAUGUUCGGCGGUCUGACGUGGAUCUGCAUCCUGGUGUCGCACAUCCACUUUAUGAAGGCGAUGAAGGCGCAGGGGAUGGCGCGCUCCGAGCUGCCAUGGCAGGCGCCGCUGCAGCCGUACGCAUCCUACAUCGCCGUGGUCUUCACCAGCGUUGUCGUCUUCUUCAAGGGCUGGACCGCCUUCCUGCACACGUUCAACUGGAGGACCUUUAUCACCAACUACAUCGGCCUCCCUAUCUUCUUCCUGAUUCUCAUCGGCUGGAAGCUCUGGCACAGGACCAAGUUCCUCAAGCCCACCGAGGUCGAUCUGGUCACCGACGUGCGCGAGUUCGACGAACAGGACGAGCUCGUCUGGAAGCAGGACGAAGAACGUGCCAAGCAGGAGGUCGCCAACGCACCGGCGUACAAGAAGGUCUGGGUGUAUGCCAAGAACUGGUAG